AUGGAGCGGCUGGGGUCUCUGCCAGCCGGGACCGAGCAGAUCUGGUGGGGCAGUGCCCCCCAGUACCAGUACAUGCCCUUCGAGCACUGUUCCAGCUAUGGCCUACCCUCUGAGAAUGGGGGGCCACAGUUCAGGCUUCGGAGGGACGCUGGCCCCCGCCCCAACGCCCACCCCACCCAGAUCUACGGUCACCAACAAGGACAGUUCUCACAGAAGGAGCAGGACACUGGGGACCCUCAGUGGGCCGGCUCCAGCACUACUGAAGACAGCAAGGAUGAGGACCAUGACUCCAAAUGCCACGAGUGUUGCUGCCACCUGGGCCGCCUGGUGAGGAGGAAGCUUGGGGAAGACUGGAUCUUCCUGGUACUGCUGGGCUUGCUCAUGGCUCUGGUCAGCUGGAGCAUGGACUACGUCAGCGCCAAGACCCUGCAGGCCUACAAGUGGACUUACUACCAGAUGCAGCCCAGCGUCCCGCUGCAGUUCCUGGCCUGGGUCACCUUCCCGCUCAUCCUCAUCCUCUUCAGCGCCCUAUUCUGCCACCUCAUCUCUCCCCAGGCUGUUGGCUCUGGGAUCCCUGAGAUGAAGACCAUCCUCCGCGGAGUCGUCCUGAAGGAGUACCUCACUGUCAAGGCUUUUGUGGCCAAGGUGGUGGCUCUGACCGCUGGACUGGGCAGCGGUAUCCCCGUGGGAAAAGAGGGCCCCUUCGUGCAUAUCGCCAGCAUCUGUGCCGCGGUCCUCAGCAAGUUCAUGUCCGUGUUCUGUGGGGUGUAUGAGCAGCCCUACUACUACACAGACAUCCUGACAGUUGGCUGUGCCGUAGGAGUCGGCUGUUGUUUUGGGACCCCACUCGGAGGAGUGCUGUUCAGCAUCGAAGUCACCUCCACUUACUUUGCCGUGCGCAACUAUUGGCGAGGAUUCUUUGCAGCUACCUUCAGCGCCUUUGUCUUCCGUGUGCUGGCCGUGUGGAACAAGGACGCUGUCACCAUCACUGCCCUCUUCAGAACCAACUUCCGCAUGGACUUCCCCUUCGACCUGCAGGAGCUCCCGGCCUUUGCCAUCAUUGGGAUCUGCUGCGGGUUUUUGGGAGCUGUGUUCGUGUACCUGCACCGCCAGGUCAUGCUGGGGGUCCGCAAUAACAAGAUCUUGAGUCAGUUUCUGGCCAAGCACCGUCUGCUGUACCCUGGGAUCGUCACCUUUGUCAUCGCUUCGCUCACCUUUCCCCAGGGCAUGGGCCAGUUCAUGGCCGGAGAGCUGAUGCCUCGGGAAGCCAUCAGUACCCUGUUUGACAACAACACGUGGGUCAAACAUGUUGGGGACCCUGAGAGCCUGGGCAGGUCAGCCGUGUGGAUCCACCCGAAACUCAACGUGGUCAUCAUCAUCCUCCUCUUCUUCAUCAUGAAGUUCUGGAUGUCCAUCGUGGCCACCACCAUGCCCAUACCUUGCGGAGGUUUCAUGCCUGUGUUUGUGCUCGGCGCUGCCUUCGGAAGGCUGGUGGGAGAGCUGAUGGCCAUGCUGUUCCCUGAUGGCAUCUUAUUUGAUGGCAUCGUUUACAAGAUCCUUCCUGGGGGCUACGCAGUCAUCGGAGCAGCGGCGCUGACUGGUGCUGUAUCCCACACCGUCUCCACAGCUGUGAUCUGCUUCGAGUUGACCGGUCAGAUCGCUCACAUCCUGCCCAUGAUGGUGGCGGUUAUCUUGGCCAACAUGGUGGCACAGAGCCUGCAGCCGUCCCUCUAUGAUAGUAUCAUCCAGGUCAAGAAACUGCCUUAUCUGCCAGACCUAGGCUGGAAUCAGCUCAGCAAGUUUACAAUCUUUGUUGAGGACAUCAUGGUGCGGGAUGUGAAGUUUGUUUCUGCCACUUGCACUUAUGGAGAGUUACAGACUCUGCUCCAGGCAACCACAGUCAAGACGUUACCCCUGGUGGAUUCAAAAGACUCCAUGAUCCUGCUGGGCUGUGUGGAGCGCUCCGAGCUGCAGGCCCUGCUUCAGCGGCACCUGAGUGCUGAGCGGCGACUGCGGGCUGCCCAGGACCUGGCCCAGAAGUUGUCGGAGCUGCCUUAUGAUGGAAAGGCCACCGUGGGGGGGCCCGAGUCCUUCACCUUUGUGGACGAGGAUGAAGAUGAGGAGCUGCCUGCAAGGAUGGAGCCCCCUCCUCUUCAGCCUCCGCCCACCUUCCCUGUGACCCCACUGCCCCCUGAGGACCCCAAGAGGCCCCUGCCUGGCCACAAGCAGCAGCCAGAGGCCCCGGAACCUGCAGAGACAAGGCCAUCUGUCUUCCGGGUCUUGCUGCGCUGUCUGCUGGGCCAGGCCAGACCCUCGAAGAAGAAGACCACCCAGGACUCCACAGACCUGGUGGACCACAUGGCUCCAGAAGAGGUGGCAGCCUGGGAGCAGGAGCAGCUGGGUCAGCCCGUGUGCUUUGACUGCUGCUGCAUUGACCAGUCCCCGUUCCAGCUGGUGGAGCAGACCACCCUGCACAAGACACACACUCUCUUCUCGCUCCUGGGCCUGCACCUGGCCUACGUGACCAGCAUGGGCAAGCUCAGGGGUGUGCUGGCAUUGGAGGAGCUCCAGAAGGCCAUUGAGGGCCACACCAAGUCUGGGGUACAACUACGCCCCCCCCUUGCCAGCUUCCGGAACACAACCUCAACUCGAAAGAGUGUCGUGGGCCCGCCCCCUCCUGCAGAGGGCUGGAUCCUGCCUGAGAGUGGACCUGAGGCCCCCCGAGCGGGAGCUCCCACACCCCCAGAGUCGCCCGUUCCCUCACCCUCACCAGAGCCCCCUCCCACCCUUGGUGCUGAGGGGGAACUGGAGGAACUGGAGCUGGAGGAGGGUCCGGGGCCAGAGGAGGGGCUGGCCGACAUCCUACAGGGGCCCAGCCUGCGGUCCACAGACGUGGAAGAUGAGGAUGAGGUCAUGCUCUGA